GAAGCCGCCAAACGAACACUGAGUAGCACCACCAAAACCCAAAACCACUUCUGUGGGAAAGAGCUCAGCCUCAGCCAUGGCGUCUUUCUCCUCAGCGAUCUCUAACCGUGGAAACUUUCUUUCUCCUAAAGCAUUGCCUCAUGAAGCGAAGCACAAGAAGAUCUGCUCCUCGCAAUGUCGAACGCUUUAUCUCCCUCUUCAUCGCUCUCCUAUUGGCAGAUUGGAUGUUAUUACCCAGUUGGAAAGAAAAAGAAAAGUGACAUCAACAACUAAAAUAUUUGCCUCGGUUACAGAUACGCCAGUUGAGACGUCCCCUGAAAUAGUUAAGCUUUCUAAAGCUGGUGUUUGGUCUGUCCACAAGUUUGGUGGCACCUGCGUGGGAAACUCAGAAAGAAUUAAGAAUGUUGCAAAUAUAGUUUUGACUGAUGAUUCAGAUAGUAAGUUGGUUAUUGUCUCAGCCAUGUCUAAAGUAACAGAUAUGAUGUACGAUCUCAUCAACAAGGCUCAGUCACGGGAUGAGUCCUAUUUAUCUGCAUUGGACGCUGUUUUAGAAAAGCAUAGAUUAACGGCACUAGAUCUGCUUGAUGGGGAUGACCUUGGUACUUUCCUAUCAAGAUUGCAUCAUGACAUCACUAACCUAAAGGCAAUGCUUCGAGCAAUAUAUAUUGCUGGUCAUGCAACUGAAUCUUUUAGUGAUUUUGUUGUGGGACAUGGAGAGCUAUGGUCUGCUCAGAUGUUGUCAUAUGUUAUUAGAAAGGCUGGAGUAGACUGUGGAUGGAUGGACACAAGGGAAGUUCUUAUUGUAAACCCUACUAGUUCUAAUCAAGUUGAUCCUGAUUAUGAAGAAUCUAGGCAAAGACUUGAGAAGUGGUAUUCAAAAAAUCCAUUCAAUACGAUUGUUGCAACUGGUUUUAUUGCUAGCACACCUCAAAAUAUACCUACUACAUUGAAGAGAGAUGGAAGUGAUUUUUCUGCAGCUAUCAUGGGUGCUCUAUUUAGAGCCCGUCAAGUUACCAUUUGGACUGAUGUUGAUGGUGUGUAUAGUGCAGACCCCAGAAAAGUUAGUGAAGCUGUGAUUCUGAGGACAUUAUCUUACCAAGAGGCUUGGGAAAUGUCUUAUUUUGGGGCCAAUGUUUUGCACCCACGCACAAUCAUUCCUGUGAUGAAAUACGAUAUUCCAAUUAUAAUAAGGAAUAUUUUCAACCUUUCUGCACCUGGAACAAAGAUUUGCCGCCCUCCUGUUAUUGAUGAAGAUGGUCAGAGCAUGGAGUCCCUUGUCAAAGGGUUUGCAACAAUAGACAAUUUGGCCCUUGUAAAUGUUGAGGGAACCGGAAUGGCUGGUGUUCCUGGUACUGCUAGUGCCAUAUUUGGUGCUGUAAAGGACGUGGGGGCCAAUGUUAUCAUGAUAUCUCAGGCUAGUAGUGAGCAUUCUGUGUGCUUUGCUGUGCCUGAGAAGGAGGUAAAUGCUGUUGCUGAGGCUUUGCAGUCCAGAUUUCGUCAAGCUUUGGAUGCUGGGCGCCUUUCUCAGGUUGCCGUCAUCCCAAACUGUAGCAUUUUGGCAACUGUUGGCCAGAAGAUGGCAAGUACUCCUGGUGUUAGUGCUACUCUUUUCAAUGCAUUGGCCAAGGCAAAUAUCAAUGUUCGUGCUAUAGCUCAAGGCUGUUCUGAGUACAAUAUUACAGUAGUGGUAAAGCGAGAAGACUGUAUAAGGGCCCUAAGAGCUGUUCACUCUAGAUUUUAUCUAUCACGAACCACAAUAGCAAUGGGAAUAAUUGGGCCUGGAUUGAUUGGUGCCACAUUACUUGAUCAACUAAGGGACCAGGCAGCAACCCUGAAGGAAGAAUUUAACAUUGAUUUACGAGUCAUGGGUAUCACUGGCACACGAACUAUGCUUUUGAGCGAUUCGGGCAUUAACUUAUCCAGAUGGAGAGAACUUCAAAAGCAGAAAGGAGAAGUUGCAGACAUGGACAAAUUUGUCCGCCAUGUACAAGGGAAUCAUUUCAUUCCCAAUACGGUUUUGGUAGACUGUACGGCUGACACUACUAUUGCAGGCUAUUACAUUGAGUGGUUGCGGAAAGGAAUUCAUGUAGUCACCCCCAACAAAAAGGCAAAUUCAGGACCAUUAGAUCAGUAUUUGAAGUUGAGAGCCCUUCAACGGCAAUCCUACACUCAUUACUUCUAUGAAGCUACAGUUGGAGCUGGUCUCCCAAUUAUCAGUACAUUACGAGGCCUUCUUGAGACUGGAGACAAAAUAUUGCGCAUUGAAGGCAUUUUCAGUGGGACUCUAAGUUACAUCUUCAACAAUUUGGUAGGUGAGCGUACUUUCAGUGAGGUGGUGGCUGAAGCAAAGCAGGCAGGUUACACUGAGCCAGAUCCAAGGGACGACUUAUCUGGAACUGAUGUAUGCAGAAAGGUGAUAAUUCUGGCUAGAGAAUCUGGUCUGAAGCUGGAACUCUCUGAUAUCCCAGUGGAAAGCCUCGUACCAGAACCCUUGAAUGCUUGUGCGUCAUCUGAGGAAUUCAUGGAAAAAUUGCCAGAAUUUGACUACGACUUGGCUAAUAAAAGACAAGUAGCAGAGGAUGAAGGAGAAGUACUGAGAUUCGUGGGAGUGGUGGAUGUGGUUAAUCAGAAAGGGGAAGUAAAAUUGCAAAGGUACAAGAAAGAUCAUCCAUUUGCCCAGUUGUCUGGAUCGGAUAACAUAAUUGCUUUCACAACGACAAGGUACAAGGCUCAGCCUCUCAUUGUCCGUGGACCAGGUGCAGGGGCUCAAGUUACCGCUGGUGGAGUUUUCAGUGACAUAUUGCGGCUUGCUUCCUACCUUGGUGCCCCGUCAUAGUUGCAAAACUCUGUUUCUGAUUUGUAGGUUUGUGAGAUGGAUGCAUUACAUUGGCGGCUAAGCUAAAAAUGCUGCAAUUUUCUGUUGGCGCAUAGUAAGAAUUGUCACCAGAAAUUGUAAUCGUACUUGUCAAUAAAGGCUAUGGUAAUUUUGAUUUACUCCUAAAACAAGUGUUUUUCUUUUCUUGUGACGUUAUCGAAAUGCACAUACAUUUCUUUA